AUGGAUUUCAUAGUACCAUUUCCUGAUAUAGCUCGAUUUCUUGAUAUGGAUGGUGGUAAAAAUACUGAAUUUUCUACAACUCAAGACACAAAUGUGUAUUAUGAUUACUUAUGCAGCAUUUCACAAGAUGCUGAGAAAGUCACCAAUUUUUUUAAUACAUUUCUGGAAGAAUAUGGAGAAUUGCCAUCAUUCGAUAUAUUUGAAACAUGUGAUAAAACAAGCGCAACCCACAAGAGGAGAAGAAGAUCCUUAAGAGAAUCAUGCGAAUCAAUCAAACACAAUCCUCAAGAUAUAGCCUAUUCCUGGAAGAACAAAGUAAUUAAGGACGAAAUAUAA